AUGGUGGAACAAUCGGAUAGUGAAUCUCGAGAAAAAGAUUUCACAAAUGUUCAACAAUCCGAGAACACUGCCAUACACGUCGAAGACGAACAACAACCGAUGACAUUUGUUAAACAACGUAGUAAACAAAAAUUAUCUGAUAAACCAUCUACUACACCAUCAGGAAAAGAAGAAUCAGUUGUUCCAAUAAAACCUCAAGCGAGUGUUGCACCCGUUAAGCAAACGCCAUCAUCGACACAACAUUCGAAACCUUCACAAGAUAAUCAUUUAAAAACGAAUGGAUAUUCACCGAUACCCUACAAUCUCUACACAUAUUCAGCAUUCAAUCCUCUGCCGCCAAGAUUUCAACAACAACGACAACAGAAAGAAGCCGAGUUGAGCGCACAGAAAUUCCGCAAACGACAGGGUAGAGUUCCUUCGAAAAGGAGCUCUCUGCCACCUGGUUCAGCAGCACGACCUAAUGAAUUCGUUCCUUCAUCACCUCAACAAAUGGAUCAGCAAGAACAGCAAGUACCACAAUAUGUAAAUAAUCAACAAACAAGUGCAUACGUCUAUCCUUGCGAACCGCAGCAACAUCAACAUCAGCAGGAAUCAUCAAUGAAUCAUGAUUAUUCAUCCGAAUCUGAUGUAGUAACAGAUUCACCGUUACCUGGUGCUAGUAAUUCCUUAAGUCCGAUAUAUUCGACGUCGGUCGGAUCUGAAUCAUCUCUUCAAAGACUUGAUUUAGUUCGUUCCUUAACUGCAUCUCAUGGCGUUCUCGAUGAACUAAUGUCAAUUCUUGAUACAGCAGCAUUUUCAUCCGAUGAACUCGAUUUAAUUCUAACCAAAAUCGCUUCUAGACACAACUCGACGAAAGCUGAUAUUCAACGUCUAUUGUCAGUAACAAAGUCUGAGAAAACACUCGAACGUAUCCUUGACGAAACAUAUCGUAGUCAAGCAAAAAUUCUCGCAAUUGAAUUGCAAACAGAGAAGACUCGUGUUUUCGAAUUGACGAAAUCGAACGGCGAAAUGGAAAAUACCAUUCGGCAACUUCAACAACAACCGACAAACGUCGUCCAAUAUCAACAAAUGAUUUUAUCGUAUCAAAUGCAAAUACAACGCUUAGCCGAUGAAAAUGCUCGAUUACAGCAGCAAUUGCAUGCUUAUUCCAUGCUUCCUGCAGCAAUCAACGAUAUGAAACAACAACAGCAUAUUCUAACGGAAAAAAUUCGUCAGAUGACGAUCAAAAACACUGCUUUACAAAAUGAAGUUGCUGAAAAUGAACGUGCGAGUAAACAUGCCGCUGAGAUCUAUAAGAAAGCUGAUUCACAGAAACAAGAACGACUUGAACAAAUGAUCGCUGACAUAAAUAAAUAUCGCAAAUUAGAUAAAGAACUAACCAAUCUUCGUCAAAAACAUUCCGAACUUGAAAAGACUUCCAAUACGAAGAUCGAAGAAAUCGUCGAGCAACGUGAUGAAUUGAAAAAAAAUUGUGAAGAUUUAAGAAGUCAAAUUCAUCAAUGUGAACAAAUCAAAGCAAAGUACGAUCAAUUGAUGAAGAAUCAAUCAAAUAAAUCCCUGAUCAAACUGCAAGAUGAACUAAAUGAUAUGAAAGCUCAAAAUGAUCAAUUGCGACAACGUAAUUGGAAAAUCAUGGAAGAAUUAAAUAAAUUAUUAAAUGAACAACGACAAACACAAGAUAUCCAAUCGUAA